AUGGAAGUAGAGUGUGCUAGCAAAGUGAAACCAGGGGCAAAGUAUCAGGAAGGCCAGGCCAUCCAGAGGCGCUCAACAUCCCAGGCUCUGUACUCCUUUGAGAUGCUGAGGCUGGGAGAUGCAAACCUCAUUUUCUUCUGUCAGCUGGGCAAGCGGGGCUUGCAGGCCACAUAGCUGGCCCUGGGGCCUGGAUACAAAGGGGCUCACAACUACGCAGGGGCCUAUAGGGAGUGGUUUCAGAAAGGAGGCUGGGGGGAAGGUGGCCUGCUGAGCCCACCCCCAGAGUUCCUCUAG